GUUACAUCACGUUAGCAACUAGUGCGCUACUGUCAACGGAUCAGUUUGUCAGACAGCGUGUGUCGAGAGCGAAGCUUUAACCAACUUCGUUGCCACACUUAGUGAUUUUUUGGACCAAAAAUCAGGAGAAAAAUCUUGUAGCUUCUUCAUCAACUACAGAGGAUUCUACCAACGGUUCCAACUGAGAAGUUUCAGACAAGAUAGCAUCUGGAGACGUUUUCGGUACUUGUUUUUUGUAGGGUUGGUCGUGUGUGCAUGUUGUGUUUGAUUGUAGGCGGCACAUACAUGUACACCUCUGUCACAAGAACCUGGUAGAGUUAUCAGCUACACCAACGCCACCUUUCCCAACCAAGAAGUGUCAGUUCAAACCACCAACUAUCCACCAUGCCUAACUCCGGCUACCAGGGGCUCAUCAACCAACAUUACUACGGGGAUUCCAAGGAAGCUGCCUUUCCACCGGGUGAGAAGUACGGGCAGUCCAACCUCCCUAACCCGGCCUUCUGGCACGCGUAUAUCACGGGAGGGCAGCCGGCCCGGAGGAGCGGUGGGAUGCGUGGUGGAAGCAAGUACUCCCGUCAUCUGAACAUGAGUGACCCACUAGCUGGGGUCGGUGUCUCGUCGUCUCCGGUGAACAGCAUGAUGUGGCCGAACUUAAGAGGACCAAGCCCAACAUCUGAGAUACCGUAUGAAUCACCACAACCUCUCACCCACUGCCUCCAAGAAGGAGGGAUAAAGACCAAUUCCGUUGCCCCCUUUGCCACCCUGGCCAAGCCAACUUGUGGAUUCUUCUUCUCACGUGUGACAGACAACAAGAAGCGCAGAACGGGAAUCCCGCCGGCAGAUCUCGUCAAGUGGAGAUAUAUCAAGUAGAUUUCCAAAGACUUCGAAUUGAGAAGGAGUUUGUACAUUUUUUAAAAAUAUUUGUUUUCACUUUUUGAAAUACACUGUUACUUGUUUCAAAUCCUACACACUGUUACUUGUCUUGUUUUAAACUCUCUCUUUUUUGAAAAAAAUUCUAA